UGAUAUAAACGGGUGGGGAUGAAGAGAGAAAGGAGGAACUGGGAAGAGAAGGAAGGGACUAGGGAAGCUAAACCUCCCCUCCCUGUCUUUCUCAGAAAACCAAACAUGGCAUCUUCCAUGAGGAGCUUGCUUUCUGACCACAGCAGAUACGUUGAAUCCUUCCGGGGGUUUCUCCGCAAUUCCACGGAGCACCAGUGCAUGCAGGAAUUCAUGGACAAGAAGCUUCCGGGCGUAAUUGCAAGGAUUGGAGACACAAAAUCCGAAAUCAAGAUUCUAAGCAUUGGCGGAGGUGCAGGUGAAAUUGAUCUUCAAAUUCUCUCCAAAGUGCAGGCUCAAUACCCAGGGAUUCGUAUCAACAAUGAAGUUGUUGAACCAAGUGCUGAACAAAUCACCAAGUACAAAGAGCUUGUAGCCAAGACAUCAAACCUUGAGAACAUAAAGUUUACUUGGCAUAAGGAGACAUCAUCUGAAUAUCAAAACAGAAUGAUGGAGAAAAAAGAGCUUCAGAAGUGGGACUUUAUUCAUAUGAUUCAGAUGCUGUAUUAUGUAAAAGACAUCCCAGCCACCCUGAAAUUCUUCCACAGUCUCUUAGCUACCAAUGCUAAGAUGCUCAUUAUUCUUAUAUCAGGAGCCAGUGGAUGGGUCAAGCUAUGGGAAAAGUAUGGAUCUCGCUUACCUCGGGAUGACCUCUGCCAGUAUGUUACAUCAUCUGACCUCACUCAGAUGCUGGACAAGUUGGGGAUUAAGUAUGAGUGUUAUGGCCUUCCGUCCACCAUGGAUAUAUCUGACUGUUUUAUUGACGGCAAUGAAAAUGGAGACCUGCUUUGGGAUUUUUUGACAGAAACCUGCAACUUUAGUACAACAGCACCACCUGAUCUCAAAGCAGAAAUUAUGAAAGAUCUGCAAGAGCCUGAAUUCAGUGUAAAGAAAGAGGGAAAGGUUAUUUUUAAUAAUAAUCUGAGUUUCAUAGUGGUUGAGGCAUAAAUAUCCACCAUGAGAAUGUAUUCAAAAACUAUAGCUUGAACAAAUGUUGAUCAUUCACUUAUUAUAAAAUUAUUUCAAAAUAUAAAUAGAGCAUUUUCUCUUAUAUGUAAAAUCUAGAAAAUUUCAAGACAUUCUUAGACUUCCAUGUAGAAUCAUAUAUGACACAGCUGGUCUUAUCCCUUCUGUAGGUAAAGAGACUACAUGCGAACUAUAUACCACAUAUUCUGGAAAAAUGAGACAACUAAGUUUCACGGGCUUAUUGACAAUAAAAUCCUUUCCAUCUGUGGAUUAUGAUGGAAUUUCCUGGAAUAUUAAUAAAGUACGUGCUAUGGAUUUUUAAAAUACUAGUAAAGUAUAUACUUAUUGAUACCUUGGACAUUAAGAAAGCAUAUGUUUAUUGAUUUUUCCCCCUUUGUGAAGUAGUAUUUGUCUAUGUACAUUUCUUUAUUGUAGUUUCUACCUUAUUUUUAUUGAUUACUAAAAGUAAGCACUUAGGAUGCUACAAAACUAACUCUUUGGCAUGUGUUGUCAUUUCCUCCCAUUUUGUUUUUUUUUCUUUUAAUUUUGUUUAUGAUUUUGGUAUUGUUUUGUUUUUUGAUAUACUGCAGUUUUCCUACUUUAU